AUGGCGGUCAUCGGAUUGGCCGAAAGCCUGACUGAUCAUCCUCAGCCGGCCAGUGCGAACCAGGAGCAGCAACAUCAGUCAUUGUCGGAUCGGCGCGCUAGCAACCUGCUCUACCAUUCCAGCGUCUUUGUAGCAGGACUGCUGCUGCUCGAGAGAGCUGCCGAUGGAUUCAUCCGCCAUGUCUCUCAGCUUUCGACGUUACUCGGUAUAAGCCCAACGCUGAUAGCCCUGCUCACGGCUGGCGCCGAAUGGGAGGAGCUCGUUGUCGUCGUCGCCUCCAUCGCGCACGGCGCCUCCAACCUAGCCAUCGCCAAUGUCGUCGGGUCCGCCAUCUCCAACAUUCUCGGCGCUUUCUCCUUAGGUAUCCUCUUUGCUCCUAGCGCUGUCAAGUUUGACGAAAGCUCCAAGAGGUUUGCUGUUAUUCAGGCCGGAAUCUCCACAGUGGUGCUGCUACUCAUUGCAGCUGUACAAAUCCAGCACGCCGACCGAGGCGCCAAACUCACCAGCAAACGCGUUUUCGAGAACGUCGUCGGCAUCAGCCUGAUCGUUAUUUUCAUUCUCUACUUUGUCGGCCUCUCGUGGGCUAUCAGUCGCGGCAUGCUGACAGCCCCUCAAGCUUCCCAUAGCGAUUCAAGCAGCAGCGACAGCAACAAUGCCGCUGAUGCAACCACCGACGACGAUCGAUCCGCAAUUACUAGCGACGCUGCGAGCACCACCACCCUUGGCAACGAAAGCGAGGCUUCUAGCUACGUUCCUCCUCGCCGCACGCCUACCGCUGCUGGACGUCGGGGCCAGAAUCGGACCGCGACCUCGGCCGCUAUCGAGCGCACACCUUUGCUGCUCGGCUCGGCCACUUCAUCCAACUUGGCAUCUAGGCUGGCUCAGCGACGUCGGCGGGCCGUACUGCGCAUCCUGCAAAAGCUGCUGGUCACUUUUCUCAUUCUCUCGCUAGCAGGCUACCUCCUCUCACACUCGAUCCUCGAGAUUGCCUCGUUGGUACAUCUAUCUGACACAGUACUCGGCCUCACCGUCUUGUCAUUUGCAACCACCGUCCCCGAAAAGCUACUUAGCAUCAUGGCCGGUGUCCGCUCAGCUGCACCGCCAGGGAGACCGCCACCACCCGCUCGCAGGCCUAGCCUCGCUCGUCGCGCCUCGAUCCACGAUGAAGUCGAAGAGGAUGUGGCACGUGGCGCCAGCAGCAUUCUCAUGGCGGGAGCUGCGGGCAGCAAUAUCUUCCUGCUCACUCUCUGCCUCGGCAUUUCACUCAUCUUUGAUCGCGAGCGUGUAGUGCCAUCGUUGGUAGGUGUCCGAGAGGAGCAUCGCUUCGCCGCCAGCAGCGUUCAGUGGCAAGAGUUGGCACUGCUCGAGGUAGCCUCGCUCUCGUUGGUUCUGAUUGCAUAUACCGAUGGUCAGCGCUGGCAAGGCGUCGUUCUUCUCCUCGCUUACUUUGCUUUCCUUGCCGCUGAGUUUACCUUCCUCAAGCGCUAG